AAAAAAGAAGACCCCCAAGAAAUACGGUUGGUUACUCCAUUUUCCUUCCAUGGCCAAGUUCUCCUUCGCCGACGCCGACGCCGACGAAGACCCUCCACCCGCCGCCGCUGGGUCCGACAAGAGGAAGAGGGACGGAAGUCCGGCGCCUGACGACGGCGCGGCCGGUGGAGGGCCGCCCCCCAAGGCCCGGAGACUGGAGGUCGCGGGCGGCGAGCGGGAGGAGAGGGCGGUGGCGGGGUGCGGUCGGGAGGUGGGGAGGGUCGGCGCCGGCGGGGAUGGCAACGCGAUGGGGAUCAGCAUGCGGAUCGACCCGGACCUGCUCGACUGCUCCAUCUGCUUCGAGCCCCUCUGCCCUCCCCUCUACCAGUGCCAAAAUGGCCAUGUAGCAUGCUUGUCCUGCUGGUCCAUGCUCAGCAACAAGUGUCAUGUUUGUUCUCAUGAUGCGAUCUUUGCACGGAACAUUGCACUGGAGAAGAUUGUCGAGUCAAUCAAGUCCUCCUGCGCAUAUGCCAAGUGGGGCUGUUGCGAGUUGGUCAGCUACACGCAAAGAAACACUCAUGAAGAAUCUUGCUUCUUUGCUCCCUUGAUGUGCCCUAUUCCUGGCUGUGGAUACAGAGGCUUCACAGGACGUUGGUCAGGCCACUUCCUCGUCGACCACCACAGUGCCGAUUUCUUGCACUUCGUUUAUGGCCAGUCAUUUGAAGUGAACUUGGAGGCGUCCCUGCCUUUUCUUGUUCUUCUUGGAGAGGACGAUCACCUCUUCCUGCUCCUGAACAAGAACAUGACACCCUUCGGGCAUGCCUUUUCCGUGGUUUGCCUCAGGACAGGCGAUUUGAACUGGAAGUUCUCCUACGAAAUCGAAGCGGCCAGUACGAGAAACCCUGAAAACUGCAUGCAACUCAAGGCCUCUGUCACAAAUGCAAAGGAGUGGGAAGGUCUGCACCCUACAGAAUCCUUUCUUUUGGUUCCAUAUGAUUUCUGCAGUUCUACUAACAUAACACUCAGUGUCUCUGUUGGGAGGUCUGCUUCUGUAUGAUAAUCUGGUUGUCAUUCUCUGUGUGAUAAUCUGGUUGUCAUUCUCUGUGUUGUAAAAUGUAGAUGGGUGUACCAUGUAAAUUUGUUGUGUAAAUAAUUUCAGCCUGUGCAUGUAUAUGUAAAGAACCAGUAGUUCCACCUGGCAAUUACAACAUUGUAAAAGGCUAGUCUAAA